AUGAGUGAACAAGCCAUUUCUUUCGCCAAGGAUUUCUUGGCCGGAGGUAUCGCGGCUGCCAUUUCCAAGACAGCCGUCGCCCCAAUUGAGAGGGUCAAACUCCUUCUUCAGGUCCAACACGCCAGCAAGCAGAUCUCCGCGGACAAGCAGUACAAGGGCAUCGUGGACUGCGUGGUGCGCAUCCCCAAGGAGCAAGGCUUCCUGUCCUUCUGGCGCGGCAACCUGGCCAACGUCAUCCGCUACUUCCCCACGCAAGCCCUCAACUUUGCCUUCAAGGACAAAUACAAGAAGAUCUUCUUGGAUGGCGUCGACAAACGCAAGCAGUUCUGGAGGUACUUUGCCGGCAACCUGGCGUCCGGCGGCGCGGCGGGGGCCACCUCGCUGUGCUUCGUCUACCCGCUGGACUUCGCCAGGACGCGUCUGGCGGCCGACGUGGGCAAGGCGGGCGGGGAGCGCGAGUUCAAGGGCUUGGGCGACUGCCUGGUCAAAAUCACCAAGUCGGACGGCGUCAAAGGGCUUUACCAGGGAUUUAGCGUCUCUGUGCAGGGCAUCAUCAUCUACAGGGCCGCCUACUUUGGCGUCUACGACACGGCCAAAGGCAUGCUUCCCGAUCCUAAAAACACCCACAUCGUGGUGAGCUGGAUGAUCGCUCAGUCGGUGACGGCGGUGGCCGGUCUGGUGUCCUACCCGUUCGACACCGUCCGACGUCGUAUGAUGAUGCAGUCGGGGCGCAAAGGAGCUGACAUCAUGUACAGCGGCACUAUCGAUUGCUGGCGCAAAAUCGCCCGAGACGAGGGGGGCAAGGCUUUCUUCAAGGGGGCGUGGUCUAAUGUGCUCCGAGGCAUGGGCGGAGCCUUCGUGCUGGUCUUGUACGACGAACUCAAAAAAGUGUUAUAA